AUGGGUGCUGUAAAUAAUACGAGUUUGCGGAUGCAAUAUGUGAUAGCAGCGUGCUUAUACAUAGGACAGUUUGGAAUAGGCUACAACCUCGGCUGGACAGCACCAGUGCUGGCCAAACUCCAGGAUCCUGAGCAGACACCGCUGAAUGACGUCAUAACUGAUGGCAUGUCUUCCUGGAUCGUUUCUUUCAUUUAUUUUGGGACUAUUUCGGGUCCAUACAUAUCAGGGUACCUAUGCAACGUGAUAGGCAGAAAGCCUUGUCUCUUCCUAGGCGGCUGUGCCCAUUUCAUUGCCUCCCUAACAUUGGCUAUGUCCAAAAAUAUAGCCAUGAUUCUCACUGGACGUGUCCUAAGUGGACUUGGGAAUGGAAUCAUUUAUGUUACAAAUUUGAUGUACCUUGGUGAAAUGGCGUCCACGAAAAUUCGCGGCACCUUACUCACCCUGACAGGAUUAUCCAGCACAUUUGGUACUCUAAUUGUAUACUCUGUGGGACCGUUUGUGUCUUACGCUGCGAUAUCCUGGCUGUCCAUGACUAUCUCAGGAAUAUUUCUCAUUGCUUUGUUCUUCGUUGUUCCUGAAACUGCAACAUAUCAUGUCAUUGCUGGUAAAAAAGAAGCAGCCAUAGCAAAUCUCACCCUACUAGGCAGACAGAACGACAUAGAAGAAGUAGUAACCAAAGCGAGCGAAAAGCCAAGAUCUAAAAAGGACCAGAUGGCAGAAAUGUUUACUGUCAAGUCUAAUAGAAGAGCACUAUUCAUAGUUUUAACAUUAAGUGUACUACAACAAAUGAGUGGAGUUAUACCUUUAACAGCAUUUGUAACUAUAAUAUUUGCUAUGACCGGUUCAACUUUAGAAGCUCAUGUGUCUACUAUUAUUGUUGGACUGACUCAAAUCUUUGCUGCUAGUAUUGCACCUUUAUUAGUAGAUAGAAUUGGACGGAAGAUUUUGUUAUUGGUUUCUACUGGCGCUUGUUCUUUGAGCAUGGCUGCUCUUGGGACCUACUUUUACCUUUACAACAAUGGGUACGCCAUCGCCGAGGACUUGCAGUGGCUGUCUCUAGUCUCCUUGAUGUUAUUCUUCGUUUUUUAUUUUAGUGGUUUCGGCAUAAUCCCCAACACAUUCAUUGGAGAGAUGUUCACUGAUACCUGUAGAGGCUUCUGUUCAACCUUCUCCGCCACUGUCGGCUGGAUCGUCGGCUUUGCUGUCACUACCUCCUUCGGCUACAUCCUCCUGGCCUGGGGACCUAGUGCCACCUUCUACAUCUUCACUGCAACCUGCACCAUCGCCUUCCUAUUUAGUGCAACUUUCGUUCCUGAGACAAAAGGCAAGAGUCUCUUAGAAAUUCAGGAGUUCUUAGGAAAGUGA